GAGUUCCCUCUCUUUACACUCUCCCUCCAUCAUCCCUUUGCUUGCCUUUUUUAUUUGUCCCCCACAACAAAAAUCAAACCAAAACCCCACGCUGCUCUCUCUCUCCCUCUCUCGGAUUCUUUGCCACUCUCUCACUCACUCACUAAAAAGUGCGGAAGAAAGAAGGAAGCAAAAAAUGAUUUUGAAUUUGAUUUUCUGGAUCCUCUGUUUACUCAUCAACUUCGGCCUCCUCGCCAUCGUCUUCUACGCGCUUUUAUGCUUAACGGACUUGGAGGUUGACCAAAUGGAUCCGUUCGUGGCGACGGCUAACAUCAACAGGUGGAUACUGCCUGAGUUUGUUUUGCAAGCUGUACUCAGCCUUCUUUUGCUCUUGACUGGCCACUGGAUCUUGUUUUUGUUGGCAAUUCCUCUUACCUGCUAUCAUGCUAUUCUGUUUAUUAGACGGCAACAUCUUAUUGAUGUCACUGAAGUUUUCCGAAAUCUCAACACUGACAAGAAGCGUAGGAUGAUCAAGCUUGGUGUAUACAUGAUCUUCUUCACAAUUUUUAUAUUUAGGGUUGUGUUGUUCGCUGUCAACCAUAUACUAAAUGAUGACGAUGAUGACAUAGAUUCAUUUUGAUUAGUACUUGAAGGGUUUUAGCUGAACAUUUUCCCUGCACGAACAUACAGAUAGUGUGCAGUCCCUUUGCUGCCGUUGUGGGAGUCAAAUGUGUAUGAAUUAGGUAGGCGGUGAAAAUUUUAAAUUAUAUUUGCCUUUACUGUCUCUACCAAUUUGGCUCAGCUACAUAGUACAUAUGAUAUGUUGAAAUAUGUUGUUGGGGCCAAGCCUAAAAUCAUGAUUACGAUAUAAAACCUUUCCUAUCAUUCACUUGCA